AUGGGUCCUAAGCGCGUUCUAAUUACCUACGGAGUAGACGUUGACGCCGUCGCCGGUUGGCUCGGCUCGUAUGGAGGCGAAGAUUCCACCAACGAUAUUAGCCGAGGAGUGUGGGCAGGUACCAUUGGAACGAGGCGCCUGUUGAAAAUGUUCGACAAGUACGAUAUUAAGACAACCUGGUUUAUUCCGGGCCAUUCCUUGGAGACCUUCCCUGAGGAUAUGGCUGCGGUCCGAGAUGCGGGACACGAAAUUGGGCUGCACGGGUACUCGCACGAAAACCCCACUGACAUGAGCAUUGAGCAACAACGAGAUGUUCUUGAUAAGACAUACAGAAUGCUCACGGAGUUUGCGGGCAAGCCGCCGCGUGGAAGUGUCGCGCCAUGGUGGGAAACUAGCAGAGAGGGUGCUCAGUUGCUUCUAGACUAUGGAAUCGAAUACGACCAUAGUAUGAGCCAUGAAGAUUGCCAAGCAUACUAUUUGCGAACUGGCGACAGCUGGAUUAAUAUCGAUUACAAGCAGAAGGCCGAGACAUGGAUGAAGCCAUUGGAACAUGGCCCUCAGACAGGUCUCGUGGAGAUUCCUUCCAACUGGUACAUCGAUGAUCUGCCACCGAUGAUGUUUAUCAAAAAGGCGCCAAACAGCCAUGGAUUCGUGAACCCGCGAGAUGUAGAGGACAUCUGGCGUGAUCACUUCGAUUAUUUCUAUCGGGAGUAUGACGAGUUUAUCUUCCCUAUCACCAUCCAUCCGGAUGUUUCCGGUCGACCACAUGUUCUUCUCAUGCAUGAGAGGCUUAUUGAACAUUUCAAGAAGCAUGAUGGCGUGGAGUUUGUAACGAUGGAACAAGUUUGCGACGAGUUCAAGAAGAAGAAUGCGCCACCUGAAGGGGCUCUGCUGCCAGCUCCAGCAGGUGCUAUGCUGAAGAAGUAA